AUGCCGCCUAAGAACCAACGCUCCAAGCUUGUGGUUGACCCUCGUGUCCGGCAGUCACGGCAGGGCAGACAGGGCAGGCACUGCAGGCAAGGCAGACAGGGCAGGGGCGGCAGGCAGGGGCGGCUCAAGGCAGGGGCGGCUCAAGGCAGGGGCGGCUCAGGCGACAUUUCUUCGGAUUUUAAGCUCAGGGAGAGGGAGGAGAAGGGGGACGAGGUAGGAGCUGCGCGUGCGGCUGCAGGUGCGUGUGCAGCUGUGCGCGUGCGCGACUGCGCACGUGGGGCAGCAGCGCGCAGGGCAGCAGCGUGCAAGGCAGAGGCGCACGAGGCGCCGGGCAGAGGCGCACGAGGCGCCGGGCAGAGGCGCACGAGGCGCCGGGCAGAGGCGCACGAGGCGCCGGGCAGAGGCGCACGAGGCGCCGGGCAGAGGCGCACGAGGCGCCGGGCAGAGGCGCACGAGGCGCCGGGCAGAGGCGCACGAGGCGCCGGGCAGAGGUGCACGAGGCGCCGGGCAGAGGCGCACGAGGCGCCGGGCGGAGGCGCACGGGGCGCGGGGCAGUGGCGGACAGCAAGGUACGGGAGGCACAAGGCAGGGGAUGAGAGGAGGAGGAGGCGGGUGAUGCUGCAGCUGGACUGA